AUGCCACAGUUACUGGGGUUGAGGGCAAUUGCCAAACGGUCGGGUCAGCCUCCAUCACGAGAUCGGCGACAUUGUGUUGUCCUCGACGUUGUUGCUGUGGAGACCAGGGUGCUGGACAACUGCCCGAACGACUGCCCGCGUUUGGUCUCCUCAAACUUGACACUGCGCGUUUGUUUCAUUUCAGGUGUCGACGACGACGACGACAGCGGUAACGACAGUCCGAAAACAUCCUUACUCCUGAUCAACUCUUUCAACAUCCCAUUCGACGACAUGGCUGUCACAAAAGCUGCGGGACCUCACGAUACCAUACGCAAGGGACUAGCGGCAUUGGAUUCAUGCACACCGUCCAUCCCGGUGGCACUGCACGAUCUCCUUUUCCCGAAAUCAUCCAAUUCAUCCAAACUCGUUCGAACAAAGUCCAUCCCAGCUUUGAAGGCAAAGGCUUCGGCAAGUUCCUCGACAGCUAUCACAGAUGACCAACGAUCAAGGAUAGCGAUAGAAGCUCUCAACAGUGCCUUGCAACUGCUGAAAGAUGCAGCAUCCCAACCCGCAAACGGAAAAUCGAAGGCCACGUCUUCAAAAUCGACCUUGGAUAAUGUUAUAGAAUGCGGAAGAAACGCUAUAUCAUACCUAAGCUCGAAGAGCGACUGCGGUCUAAAGCCCGGAACCCUGGAGUCCGCUCAUAUGAACUUUUUGAACCGGUUAGCACAACAUGGAAAGUACGACAUUGGUUUGGAAGAAGCUCUUAGCCUAAAAUUACGCCUGUGUGCAUCAAAGACGGAUAGCGGGAAAAAGAAGACAGUAGAGUCGGUGUUCGACUGGAAUGAAGCUCCUAAGGAGCAAGAAUCGUUGGCGCUCGCGAUCAGUGUCCAAAUAAUAGCUCUACGCCUGGUGGCCGCCAAACCAGAGCCCUCCGUGCUGCAGAAACUGCCAAAGAUCCUUCAGCAUCCGAACAAUACCUACAGCAUGAUUGAAUCCCUCUACCACUUUUCCCAUAUAAAGGCGACUAAACAGUUCGACUCCCUGGCGACAACUACAUAUGCUUGCGCAUCCGCAUUAUCGAAUUUGCGGGAAACGGAACCCGCCAAAGGCACUUUAGCAAGGUUAACUGCGGAACUGAGAUUUCUCAGUAUUCUAUACAAAGUACUACCGGCUAAGCUCGAAGGGUAUUCUGUCCCUGCAGCUCAGAUUGGCGAUAUAUGGUCUUUAUUGUCACAUUCUAUAUUGGUAACUCGGACAAAACCGCUAGGAGCGUCGCCAAAAGAGAAUUAUCAAAGGAUAUCGGCGUUUGUCACCCCAAUACUCGCUGAACUGGUAGGGGGGAACAUACCACUAGGCAGUUUCGAAUCCAAAUAUUUAACUUGCUGCACUGCCAUAACCGCGGCUGCGGAAGAUGCCCAGCUUUGGGAUGAAGCCCCAAGAUGGCUUAAAGAUUUCAUGUCCCGAUUGGGCCCCAGGCAGCAUCAAAACCUUGUCAACUCGAGCACUGUGCGGUUGACGACAAGUAUACUCAAAGCAAUUGCAGCGGGGACUGUUCAAUCAACGGCGGCAGAAGAUCUACAAAAGGCACUUGAAAUACUUCUUCAGCCAUUGUCGGGAAGUAAAGAGAAGCUCCAGAGUUUGUUUGUAGAAGUUAUGCAACUCCGUCGGGCGUCUUCAAACUGUCUAAGUACGGGUAGCACGAUUCCUGAAAAUGUCAGUAAAGGAUGUGUAGAGAUUUGCUUUGGCGCAAUUAGUUUCGCAAGAAGAUGUGCUCUCGCUGGAAUUCUCGACCUUCAGAGCUCCUCGAAGGACCGACAGAUGAUUAUCUCCUCCGUUGAUCAUUUCUUAGUUGCUUCACGGAAAUCCCCGAGAUGCCGCGACAUAGAUUCGUGGUGGGAACUCGAAGACCAACGUCUACAAGAGAUCAUUGCGCUUGGAAAACUUCUUGAUGAAGCAAUAGAAGAUGAAGACUCCCCUUCAACUGAUUCAAAGCAGAAUAUUUUUGAGAAGGUCUCAGUUUUCUAUCAACAGCAUUCUAUAACCUUACGAAAAGAAAACCAAACAGAGAAAUCAAUACAAGCAUAUCAAAGGUCGAUUUCCUGUUUCGAAAAUCGACCCCUAGAUGAGGCGAUAUCUGGGAAUCUAGCAGCAAAACACGAACGGCUAGGAGCUAUGUAUGUGGGGCUCGGUGAUCUCUCUCGGGCAAUGGAGAGCUUCGACGCUGCAUUGAAGGUUCACGUUACGGUUGGAGAUUUCGAUAACAUUACAGACCACUUUGCGGAGGGGCAAAUUGACGACCUGCAUAAUGAAGAGGAAAAAGCGAUAGCUAAAACGCUUAGCCAAUAUGUGAAAUGUUGUCUCGACUCCGGGAAAGGCUUGAGAUUCUGGGAUAACCAAGAAUUCACCGAUGACAUUAGAUACUUAGCAGCCUUAUUUCAGAUUCAAGCAUGCCUUGGGUCAGGAUUGCCACAGUCCUAUGAAUUGGUAUUUUCCCCUCUUUGUCAGCUGCUCUCGAAUAGCGGAAUUUCCCUCAAUAUUCGGUCAAAAGGCGCAAUGAUACUAGUAUCCAUCCUCCCAGAAAUUCCUGAGAAGGAAAUGCAAGAUUCUGUCCAGCUGGUAGCAAAUCUCAGAAGCGAGAUUUUUGAGCUUACUAAGUCGCUCCCAAGCCAAAGUGCCCUGAGUGGUAGUACUCUAUAUCAAUGCGGGACCUUAUCGUUAGCGAUCUGUGUAGCCUACCUCUCAGACCACGACCAGAAAGUUGAAUGCCUUCUUGACGGCCUCAAUUGCUGGGAAGAGCUGCUCCGAGCUUGUACAUCUCGCCAACAGCUGACAGAGUGCUCUGCUAAUGGGGAUUUUAUGGUUGAAAAAUUGAGACUCCUUGUCGAUUUCCUAGACAUGAAGGGAUAUGCUAUGGCAAGAAAGCAAGCCCUAGAGCUCCUUCUCAGACUUUAUAGGAUGCUUGACUAUUCAGUUGAUGUGCUUGUGGGGUGUACUAUAUCCCUCGGCGUGCAAUAUCUUCGACUUGGGUUCUCUGGCAAAUCUGGCUCCAUCUUGGCAGACGCUGAUGCCUGGAUUACAAAAGAAAAUGUCUCCACUACCACGAAACUUGAGUGGAAUCUUGCAUACACUGAAUACCUGAUCUCAACUGGCGAGGGCAACCUAAGCAAGGGCACGGAUUUUCUAGGCGCUGCCCAAGAAAUGGUUGAACAAGAUCCUGCUGUCUUCGCGGCUGCCGCAUCGGGUGCGAAAAUGCAAAAGCGUGUCGAGCUAAACCGUCUAGUAUCUCGGGCUUGUUAUGUAUCCUCACUACUCGCUCUGGACAAAGGCAGUAUCAACACUUCUAUUGCGUUAGCUCGGCGUAGCUUGAAGCUUAUCCAGAGAGCGUGGGCGGGCCUCGAAGCAUUAGCCAAACAUAAGGGUCAGGCUUCUGCAAACGGCAAAGCAGAGUUGGGGAUCGUCACAUACACAACUACCGUCGCAGCACUGAGCGGCCCGUUCCUCUGGCCAAUUGUUCGUUCAAUAUACGACAUUCUCGUUCAUAUUGCGACCCUCUACAUUCAUCAAGGCAUGCAGAGAGAGGCUUUGUUCUAUGUUCAAGAAGCAAGGCUUGUCGCUGAGGCUGUCGAUUCGAAAUCACUGCUUUUUCAUAUACUCUCCAUAUUUGGGGAUUUGCACAUCCGCCUCGGCAUGCUGGAAGAGGGUGAAGAAAAGCUACGUCAAGCAACGAUGUUAAAGGAGCAACUCCUCGAAAAGGGUAAAGAACUCGUUUCAUUCGACUGCACCUUAGGUAUAAUGUACCGAAAGAACAAGUCAUGGACUAUGGAGCUCGACGCAUAUAAUAAUGCGGAGAAGACUCUGGAAACCCUGAUGGGGAGCAACGCUAGUAAGCCUGAGGGGGCUGUAUUUGGAGACAUCACCGAGAAGGUUGCCAACCUACAGAUGGUGGAAAUGGAUGUCAAAUCGAAGGGGAGAAAGCCAACAGUUGGGACAAAAGGCAGAGGAAGAGCCACAAAGGCAACUGCAAAGACCGCCCCCCCCAAAACAAAACCACAAACAGACUCCGCUACCGUAAAUCAGUGUGCGGGUUUAACCAGACUUAGAGACGAUGUCCUGCGCUUGAAAGCUGUAAAUCUUGCCAUUCAGCAAAAGUGGGACCUUGCGCAAGCGCUACUAAGUGAGACCGCAAACUCAUCUCUUGGGUCUCGAGAACUUGUUACCCAGAGAUUAGCAGUUGCGAGAUCUUCGUUGUUGCAAGCAUUGGCCGCUAUUGAUGAAGAUGAUGAAUUCCAUACUCUUCAAGAAACAGCGAUAGUCAUCCCCAGCGUCGCAUCAGUAAAAACUAUUGAAACAGCACCGACAAAACCCGGAAAGAAAACACCAAAGAAAACGGUUGCGACUAUAGAUGAUGAGCUCGUAGCGCCCAGCCGUUCUGCAGCCCUUCUUCAUGAAGCUCGCGACAACAUGCUGGCUAUCCAAGCACUAGCUGCAACAAUAUGUCCAACCACAACACUGAAUGUAUUGUCGACAAUGUUGGGAGAAGUCAUUUGCCUCUUAGCUGCAAUAACAUCUGAUGCAGGAAUGGGGAAGACGAUUCCAGCAAUCAAUUCCCUGGAGCUUUAUCGAAGUAUAUCACUUGCCAGAGAGAAGAGUGCUAUUGAAGAGGAAAAGGCCGAAUCAGCGGAGAAGGAUGACCUCAGAUGGCCCACCCUUCCACAAAGCCGAUUGGAAAUUGAUACAGCUUCUCUCCUUAAUUUCCAGAAGGAUUAUGUCGAUAUUAUUCCACCAACAUGGGCUGCCGUUUCUAUCUCGCUAGGUGAAUCACGGGAAGAGUUGUUUUUCACUCGGUACCAGGCAGGCGAAAUACCGUUCAUGGUCAGGGUCCCCCUCAUGAUUAGUGAAGACAUGAGCAUGGAUGAUGAAGAGCAGUUUGGUUUUGAAAGGGGACUAGCAACGCUCCAGGAUAUUGUUAAGCGCGCCAACGUCAGCACACAUUCUGCCAAGGAUAUGAUUACGAAAGAUAUUCGAGCAAAAUGGUGGAAGGAGAGGGAGGCCCUUGAUACCGAGCUUCAUGAUCUUUUGGUCAACAUCGAGAACAAUUGGUUGCGAGGAUACAGAGGAAUCUUUGGUGGUUAUAAGAGGCACCCGGAACUUAUUGCGAGGUUCAAUGCAUCAUUCGUCAGAAUCCUAAAUCAGCACCUACCUUCGCGAAACUCAGGAAAUAAAAAGAAAAACAACAGAAUCGUUACCUUGGACGAGAGGGUCAUUGAACUAUUCCUUGGCAUCGGCGAUCCAACAGAGGAUGGUGUUGAUUUGGAGGAUCCAAUCCAGGAUCUAAUCUACCUGAUCAUCGACAUCCUGCAAUUCCACGGAGAGAAAAAUGCUGCAGAUGAAAUUGACUUGGACGAUAUGAUCGUCUUAAUUACCGACGCUCUUGAAAGUUACCAUAUAGCAAUCAAAGAGUACGAAGAUGCGACAGUUGAUGAACACACCGUUUUAAUUCUUGACAAAUCAGUUCAUGUCCUUCCGUGGGAAUCACUACCAUGUUUGGACGGACGCUCGGUCUCACGCUUGCCAUCGCUUGCAUCUCUGCGUGAUCGAGUUCUCCUUCAAAACUUCUCAUAUGAGAAUCAAGCGGGGCUGUACAUCAACCGAGCAAAUACAGGCUAUAUUCUAAACCCAGCACUAGAUCUUACAAAUACGCAAAAGACCUACGAGGAAGAGCUAAGAUCUAUGACUGGUUGGGAAGGGCUUAUCAGCAAAAUCCCAACAGAGAAGGAGUUUGCAAGAUAUCUCGAGGACAAGGAUCUCUUUCUCUAUUUUGGCCACGGUAGUGGGGCACAGUAUAUCCGAGCUAGGACAGUGAAGAAACUAAACAAUUGCGCUGUCAGCCUCUUGAUGGGCUGUAGCAGCGGGAAGCUCACCGAUGCUGGCGAAUUCGAACCAUAUGGUAUGCCGGUAAAUUACCUGCAGGGUGGUUGCCCCGCAGUAUUGGUUACGUUAUGGGACGUUACGGAUAAAGAUAUCGAUAAAUAUUCAUCAAAGGUUUUCGAAUCUUGGGGGUUGUUCAGGGACGAGAAGGAUAAGAAGGCCUCAAAAGGCAAGGCAAAGAUCAAGAUUAAGCAUGAUGAUAAGGGUACAAUUGAGAAAAGUAACCAGGGCACAUCAUCUUUGUGCUUGGCUACGGCAACAAGCAGAAGUGCUUGCAAGAUGAGAUAUCUGAACGGGGCAGCGCCCGUCGUUUACGGUAUCCCGGUUUACCUUAAAUGA